AUGACGAGUACGGCGAGGAGCGCACAACCGGCCCCGCCGCCGAUGGAUAUCCCGUUACCUACCAUCUGGGACAUUAAGUCACUUGAGAACCCCCAAGCAGACGGGCAUCCUACAAGGGGCUCCGUUCGUUCCAUCGCGCACAACCAGUAUGUCAACGGCGAUCUCAUCUACCAGUCCAACUACGGCGCCGGUGUCCGCGUCUACGACGUCUCUUCCGUGCCCCAGGACCCUACUGGUAACGGUGUGUGCGAGAUCGCCUAUUUCGACAUCUACCCCGAGGAUGAUGACGCUCCUGGCGGAGGUGUCCCCGCCUUCUCCGGCUCAUGGUCGUCCUACGCUUACUUCAAGUCUGGUUAUAUCUUUGUCAACACUAUUGAGCGUGGCGGUUACCUCGUAAAGAUGACCAAGCGCGAGUCCUGCAAGCCCAAUGCCUGCAGCGCCGACAACUGCCUGCGCGCCAUGCGCGCCUCCACCAUCUCUGGUCGUCUCGAGGAGAGCCAGAAGUUCUGCGGCGAGUUCACCAAGACUUUUGUCGCUGACGUGUCUCUCGUGCCCGAGUAUGCGUCCAAGGCUUGCGGACAGAAUGUCAUCUCACGUGUCAGCUCGGCGUGCGAGUGCCUGCCCACUGCCUCGUCAUAG